GGCGGCGGGAGCGGAGUGGGUCGGGCGGGGCCGAGCCGGGCCGGGGGCCGUGUGGGGGCCGGGCGGCGGCCGGGCCGGCGGACGGCGGGAUGGGCUGCACCGUGAGUGCCGAGGACAAGGCGGCGGCUGAGCGCUCCAAGAUGAUCGACAAGAACCUGCGGGAAGACGGCGAGAAGGCGGCGCGGGAGGUGAAGUUGCUGCUUUUGGGUGCUGGGGAGUCAGGGAAGAGCACCAUUGUCAAGCAGAUGAAGAUCAUCCACGAGGACGGCUACUCAGAGGAGGAAUGCCGGCAGUACCGGGCGGUCGUCUACAGCAACACGAUCCAGUCCAUCAUGGCCAUUGUCAAAGCCAUGGGCAAUCUGCAGAUUGACUUUGCCGACCCCUCCCGAGCGGACGAUGCCCGGCAGCUGUUUGCACUGUCCUGCACUGCUGAGGAGCAGGGUGUCCUCCCUGAGGAUCUGUCCGGGGUCAUCCGGAGGCUCUGGGCCGACCACGGUGUGCAGGCCUGCUUUGGCCGCUCUCGGGAGUACCAGCUCAACGACUCCGCGGCCUACUACCUGAAUGAUCUGGAGCGCAUUGCACAGAGCGACUACAUCCCCACGCAGCAGGAUGUGCUACGGACCCGUGUGAAGACCACGGGCAUCGUGGAGACGCACUUCACCUUCAAGGACCUCCACUUCAAGAUGUUCGAUGUGGGAGGCCAGCGGUCUGAGCGGAAGAAGUGGAUCCACUGCUUUGAGGGGGUCACUGCCAUCAUCUUCUGUGUAGCCUUGAGCGCCUAUGACCUGGUGCUAGCCGAGGACGAGGAGAUGAACCGCAUGCAUGAGAGCAUGAAGCUGUUUGACAGUAUCUGCAACAACAAGUGGUUCACAGACACGUCCAUCAUCCUCUUCCUCAACAAGAAGGACCUGUUUGAGGAGAAGAUCACACACAGCCCCCUGACCAUCUGCUUCCCCGAGUACACAGGGGCCAACAAGUACGACGAGGCAGCCAGCUACAUCCAGAGUAAGUUCGAGGACCUGAAUAAGCGCAAGGACACCAAGGAGAUCUACACGCACUUCACAUGCGCCACCGACACCAAGAACGUGCAGUUUGUGUUUGAUGCCGUCACCGACGUCAUCAUCAAGAACAACCUGAAGGACUGCGGCCUCUUCUGAGGGGCAGCGGGGCCUGGCAGGAUGGGCCACCGCCGACUCUGCUUCCCCCAGUUCCUGAGGAAGAUGGGGGCAAGAGGACCACGCUCUCUGCCUGUCCGUACCCCCGCCCUGGCUGCUUUUCCCCUUUUCUUUGUUCUUGGCUCCCCUGUUCCCUCCCUCAGUUCCAGAGACUCGUGGGAGGAGCUGCCACAGGCCUCCCUGUUUGAAGCCGGCCCUUGUCCUAGGUGCCGGAAAUGGCCGCAGUACCCCCCUUCCCGGGCAUCUGUUCUGGUUUUAACCAUUGUCUUAUUCUGUGAUGGGGGAGGGGAGCACAUGCUGAGUCUCCCAAGGCCUGUGUCUGAAGGGGCACUCACUUCUCCAGCCUGGGACCCCUGGCUUCGCUCAACACCAGCCGGUGACCCAGCCCAAGUCCAGAUGUUUACAGGGAGCCUCCUGCCCAUCCCAGCCCUCCAGCCGCUUGGAGGCCCCAAAGGAAAAAGCACAAGAAGUGUGAGACACCACCAUUCCCGGAGACUACAGUCCACCUGCUCAUUCUAGUAGCUUUUUAAAAAAAUGAAAGUAAAGGAAAAAAAAAAAAGACAAAA